AUGAUUGCAAAGUUUAUCCUUGCCCUGGUGGUCCUAUGUCUGUUCAAAUGGCUUCUGACGCGGAGCCGACAACCUCCUGCCCCUCUACCUCCAGGGCCCCGCCCCAUGCCUAUCAUUGGAAACAUAAAUGAUCUCCCACCUCACAACUGCCAAGACUGGAUGCACUGGUACAAGCAUAAAGCUCUUUAUGGCCCUAUCAGCUCGCUUACCGUAUUUGGCCAAACGCUGGUCAUUUUGAAUGAAGCCCGCCUCGCUAACGAACUCCUGGAAAAGCGAUCGGCUGUACACUCUUCUCGUCCGAGGAUGCAGUUUGCUAAAAUGGCGGGCUGGGAGAAUUUCAUCAGCGUGCAGCAAUACACAGAUCCGAGAUUUCGACUCACUCGGAAGGUUCUACAGCAACAAAUCGGUUCUAAUGCCUCUGUUUCGCGGUUUGAUAACAUCCAGGAUGUGGAAUCGAGGCGGUUUUUGCUGAGAGUGUGUAACUCACCGGGAGAUUUGAUUCGCCACAUUCGAAAGGAGGCGGGCGCAAUUAUAUUGAAAAUUACAUAUGGCUACACUGUCGAGCCACACUCUCGUGAUCCCCUGGUCGACCUCGCCGAUAAGGCAAUGGCAGAGUUCGCGGAGUCAAUACCCUCCGGUACUUGGAUGGUGGAUCUUGUUCCUAUACUCAAGCACUUGCCAGCUUGGUGUCCUGGAGCAGGGUUUGUACGAACAGCACGGGCGUAUAAGGAGACGGUUACUGAAAUGAGCUCCAAGCCAUAUCUGUUCGUCAAGCAACAGAUGCUCCAGCAUGGAGCUCAACCAUCAGUUCUCUCAAGCCUCUUGUCAGACUCUUUGGUCCAGGCCGGCUCAGAGGAGGAAAAUGUAAUGAAGUGGUCCACAGCAGCAAUGUACGCUGGGGGAGCGGACACGACUGUCUCGACAAUAACAUCCUUCUUUCUUGCAAUGAUGCUGUACCCAGAAGCUCAGAAACGAGCCCAAGCCGAGAUCGAUAGCAUAGUUGGAACGGAUCGCCUUCCAGAUUAUGAGGACCGCGACAACCUACCGUAUGUCAAUGCACUGGUGAAAGAGCUUUUACGCUGGCAUCCAGUUGCACCAAUGGCCGCUGCACAUAUGUCAAUUCAGGAUGAUAUGUGCGAGGGAUAUUUCAUCCCCAGGGGUUCGCUCAUAUUGCCGAACGUUUGGUCAUUUACGCACGACCCUGCUGUCUACCCAGAGCCUUCGGUCUUCAAGCCUGAACGCUUCAUAGAGAGCCCGGAACACCCAGCUGAACCUGAUCCGCGAUACCUAUCCUUUGGUUUUGGCCGUCGCGUCUGUCCCGGACGCAACCUUGCUGUUUCGAACGUGUUCCUAACUGUGGCGCGGUGCUUGGCCGUCUUUGAUGUCACUCAUGUCGUCCGUGAUGGAAAGAAAGUGAGUAUCGAGCCAAAUUUCUCGCCGGGGGCAAUCAGUCAUCCUAUGCCUUUUGAGGUUAGCAUUAAGCCUCGGAGUGAGGAACAUGAGAGAAUUAUCCGGUCGGUGGAGAAGGAGCAUCCAUGGGAAAAAAGCCAGGCAGAGGAACUUCGAAACUUGCAGAGCUAG